AUGGACUUUAUCAACGCUGUAGCGCGGGACCAGAUCAAGACGAAUCUGCUCCCAUCUCCGUCCUCGUUUCUUUUGGCAGGACACGUAUCCCUGCAGCAGCAAAACUUGGAAAAGCUCGUCGGUCCGGCAGGCUUCCUCUUUUCGCAGGGAAACAACACACUUUAUGCAGACUGCGGCUCCGACUACGAAUACUUUAUCCUCCGCGGCGGCAAAGUCGUCGGCGAAUCCAACAAGCAAAAAGCACAUUACAAGAUGGAAAAAGGUCCAACUUCCGUGGCACAGUUCUGUUCAGCGGCGGUUUCCGAGGCAGCAGUCUGCAUCGUCUCCUACGUCAAGCAAAAAGUGUACGCCACAGGCCAGCAGAAGCGCGAAAUCAACUUCAUCUGCGUCGUCGCCGUCGUGACAGACUCCGACGCUGUUUACCAACUCUGA